AUGGCUGCCCGCAAGCUCAACGUGCUCGUCUACACGGGCACGGGCAGCACCGUCGAGUCUGUCAAGCACGCCCUCUUCUCGCUGCGGCGCCUGCUCUCGCCAAACUACGCCGUCAUCCCCAUCACCGAGACCGCCAUCCUCAAAGAGCCCUGGACAUCGACCUGCGCCCUCCUCGUCUUCCCUGGCGGGGCCGACCUCGGCUACUGCAAGGUGCUCAACGGGCAUGGCAACUCCGUCAUCAAGCAGUAUGUCCGCAAAGGCGGUGCAUACCUGGGAUUCUGUGCGGGCGGCUACUACGGCAGCAAGAGAUGCGAGUUUGAGGUGGGCGACAAGCACCUCGAGGUCGUCGGCUCCAGAGAGCUUGCCUUUUAUCCCGGCACCGCACGUGGGGGUGCCUUUAAGGGCUUCCAGUACCAGAGCGAAAAAGGCGCACGCGCCGUCCGCAUUCUGACCAACAAGGACGCCUUCAAGAGCGCUGGAGCCGUGCCGGAUGAAUUCACCUCGUACUUCAAUGGCGGCUCCGUUUUCGUAACGCCGGCUGAAGGAGCAGAUGUCGAGGUGCUUGCCACGUACGGCGACGAUAUCGACGUGGACGGUGGCCAGGACAAGGCUGCAAUUGUCUUCAGCAAGGUCGGCCUGGGCUCCGCCAUCUUGACUGGCCCCCAUCCAGAAUUCUCUGCGGUCAAUCUGAGCCCGCAGCAUAGCAUUCCCGGGUACGACACGCUGAUCGCCGAGAUUCGAGAGUCUGAUCAAACAAGAACCGACUUUCUCAAGGCCUGCUUGACAAAGUUGGGCCUAGAAGUAAGCCAAAGCACUUCAAGUACCCCGUCGCUCUCGAAACUCCACUUAUCAUGCAUCAACAGCCCGGACGUGGACGAUCUGGUGUGCACCUUUGACGACAUUAUUUCUCGAGAGGACGGUGAAGACUUCAUCAAGGGCGAGCAAGAUACCUUCCAUCUCGAGAAACACCACACGCGAUGGUCUGUCAACGGCCUGAAGCAAGCCUUGCCCACCGCCAUACAGCCUACCGCAGGGACCGUCGACGCCAGCGAGCAGGGCACGAUAGAUUACAGCACCAUAGUGAAGAACGUGGUGAUUCAUGACGAGGCUUGGCCCGAACCCAAGGAAACGCCAUACUUCAACCACGCAGCAUACUUUUCCGGUCUUCGAGAUGCUAGGAGGAAGGACCCCAAGUCUGAAAGCUGGGGGGAUCAUCUUUUAUACGGCGAAGUGGUUACCAGUACCAACACCCUCCUCGAGAAGAACAACAGCCUGCUGUCGAAACUACCGUCCGGAUUCACUUUUACAGCCACAACAUCGGUCGCUGCCCGAGGCCGCGGCAGCAACGUGUGGAUCGCUCCUCCUGGCUCUCUCCUGUUCUCCGUGGUCAUCAACCACCCGGCGCAGAUUGCCGCGACUCGACCCAUCGUCUUCAUACAGUACCUCUCUGCGAUUGCCGUGAUCCAGGCUAUUAAGUCGUACGGCAGAGGAUACGAGAACCUUCCCGUCAAGCUCAAGUGGCCAAACGAUAUCUAUGCGGCUGAUCCGCGGGACACCUCCAAGACCCGUUCAUAUGUCAAGAUCGGUGGCAUACUUGCCAAUUGUGCAUAUUCCUCGGGCAACUAUCAGGUUGUCCUUGGUAUCGGACUGAAUACGACGAACGGCCGGCCAACUACGUCUCUCGAUGCGCUGUUGCCGAAGCACUUGCCACCUUUCAGCAUUGAGAGGCUGCUUGCCGGGCUCAUUUCAAAGAUGGAAGUGCUGUACAAGGAUUUCGUCCGGCAGGGCUUCACCCGGGAGAUGGAGGGCGCUUACUACGACAGCUGGCUGCAUGGGAACCAGGUCGUCACGCUCGAGCAGGAGGCUGGCGCGAAAGCCAGAAUUGUUGGCAUUACACGCGAUUGGGGCAUGCUCAUGGCGCAAGAAUUAAAUCGGGACGACAAGCCGACCGGCAAAAUGUGGGCGCUGCAGAGCGACGAGAACAGCUUUGACUUUUUCAAAGGGCUGGUGAAGAGGAAAAUCUGA